UCAAGUUUAUUGUCAUUCAACCCGACACACAUAUACAGCCAAACAACAGAGCGUCGCUCUGGACCAGGGUACACAACUCACACACGACACUGCAAUUCUGUCGUUGCAAUGUACUCCUUCGCUAAAACUAUCUUUGCCAGUCCUUGCAUCUCCGCGUCAGCAGAUAAUUCCGCCUUUCCCACGUCUGUCCCCAGUUUAUUCUUUCCAAGUCUAACUGACCAUUUCGUCGCCGGUCCCGUCUUCCGGGUUUCUUCCCUCCACCUGUAACACGCGAACCGCGAGGGGGCAACCUAACGUGCUGGCCUAGAUCGUGAUGGGCACGGGCAACCAGCUAAUAGGGUGCGCGUGUUGUCAGAGCCGACCAAUAGGAAACGAGAGGCGCGGCCCGGCCCCCUCCAGGUUGGGUUGACCUCCAGCGGCGGCGCGUCCGUUCGGCGUUAAUUUCUGGGGGAGACGGCGGGGCUGCCGGCUGCAGAAUUACCCCGCCAUGAAAUAACCUGGAUGCAACCCUCAGCCCAGCGUGGCUCCGGCGAAACCCCGAGUGAUUCAGUCCGGACCUUGUCUUCAGGGCAAUCUGCACCGACCAGCCAUGGCUCGUAGUCGCACGUUGGGGGAGGAUUUCACCUUCGUCAACCCCGUGGUUAAAUAUUUACUGUUCUUGUUUAACAUGCUGUUCUGGACUAUCUCCUUGGUGAUGGUGGCCAUCGGUUUAUAUGCCAGGGUCAUGAAGCACGCUGAGGCGGCCAUGGCGUGUCUUUCUGUGGACCCUGCCAUUCUCCUGAUCGUGGUGGGAGCCCUGAUGUUCCUGAUCACGUUCUGUGGGUGCAUCGGAUCACUCCGGGAGAAUAUCUGCCUCCUGCAAAUGUUCUCUAUCUGCCUGACGCUGGUAUUUUUGCUGCAGUUGGCCGCUGGGGUUCUGGGCUUCGUCUUUUCGGAUAAGGCCCGUUCAAAAGUCAGUGAGAUAAUUGAUAAUGCAAUAAUCCAUUACCGCGAUGACCUGGAUCUCCAGAACCUCAUCGACUACGGACAGAAGCAGUUCAGCUGCUGCGGGGGCAUUUCGUACAAGGACUGGAGCCACAACAUGUACUUUAAUUGCACGCUGGAGAAUCCGAGCCGGGAACGCUGUUCCGUGCCCUAUUCCUGUUGUCUGCGCUCCGAGGAGAAAGUGAUCAAUACCAUGUGUGGACAGGGCAUGCAGGACCUGGAGUAUCUGGCAGCUGAGGAAUUUAUCUACACCAAUGGGUGUAUCGACAAGCUGGUCAACUGGAUCCAUAGCAACCUCUUCCUAUUGGGAGGGGUGGCCCUGGGCCUUGCCAUCCCACAGCUGGUGGGAAUUCUGCUCUCCCAGAUCCUCAUCAAUCAGAUCAAAGAUCAGAUUGAGCUCCAGAAGUACAACUGCCAGCACAGAGCAGACCCCUGGUACUGAACACACCGUCUCCGUCCCCUCAGAGUGGAGAGGCUUUGCUGCCCCGAGUGGUCCUUCGUUUGGAUGAAUAUAAUUGCUCAGACAAGACCUCGGUCCAUCAGAUUGACAGAUUGCCACUCUGUUCUCAGUGGGUUGCAUGUGUUUUGUCCACUGGAUGUGCAGGUGCUUUGAACUCGGUUUUAAAUGGAUCAUCCCAUCCCAUCCACUGUGAGAUAAACCUGCCUGUUUUGCAAUACCUGUGGUUCUGUGCUGGUGUCUCUCUGCUCCAAGUAUGAAGCACGGUGUCCCAUCUAACCGCGACACAGUCGCAUUUCUCGUCUCGUUCAGUUCUUGGUGAACUUUCAUCCGUUACAGUUGGGUUUAUCGGUUCCCAUUGCUUGUUGCAGUCAGUCAUCUGUUCCUGUUAACCCGUUCAUUAGUGUUGCUCUCGUUUACUGUCCUGUUGAUGGAAGUAGGACGAUGUGGGAUGGGAACAGCUAACAUCACUGUGGGGGAUUCCCAGCCACAUAGUGUAGCAGUUAGUGCAACAGCUAUAACAGCUAGUGAUGUUGAAUUUCAGAGUUCACCCCGAGCCGCUAUAAGGAGUUUGUACGUCCUCCCUAUGGAAUGCAGGGUCUUCCCUGGGUUCUCCGCUUUCCGCUCACAGUCCAAAGACGAACCUGGUAGGUUAAUGAUCAUUGAAAGUUGUCCUGUGGUUGGGUCAGGGUUGUCAGGGCUGCAGGACAGCAUAGCUCGAAGGUUCGGGAGGGCCUGUUCUGCAUUGUAUUAUUCUAGAUAAAUGAAAACAAUCUACCCAUCAAAGACACAAGCAAUUCUGCAGAUGCUGGAGGAGCUUAGCCAGUCAGGCAGCACCUGUGAAGGGAAACAAGCCGUCAAUGCUCCGGGCUGAGACCCUUCGUCAGGAUGUAUGAUGCAAGGUCUUGGCCCAAAACGUUGACUGGUGAUAUUGCUCCAUAGUUGCUGCCUAACUUGCAGACUUCCUCAAGCAUUUUGUCUGUGUGUGUUGCUCAAGAGAUACCGAUCAAAGGUGGUUUGGUUCACGGCCAUUGUGCUUUCUGGCCACCCUCUAACUGUAGAGAAGAAAGUACUUGGUGAUAUACAGUUGAUGUUUUGAAGAGUCUUGUUAAUAUGUACGUGCACAUGUUGGGAUAUAAUCUUAAUGUCUAAUGUAAAUUUUUUGGUAAAUGAUAUUUUUUGUCUUUUAAUAAAAAUAAUAUUAACCUGUG